GGCCCUCCGCCAGGGCCCGAGUGUGGCGGAGCGGAUCCGAGCGGCUGGCGGCGCGUUUGCCGUCACCGGCCGGUGGGCAUGGGAGAGAUCGGGGCGGGCACGGACGCGUCCGACGGAGCGUGGGAGGCAGGCGCGGAGGCAGGGCCGGCACAGCUGCUGCCCUUCCUGGCGCCCGGCGUGCGGGUGGACCUGCAGGCGGCGGCGGCGCGGCACGUGCUGGCGCUGACCGGCUCCGGGACCUCAGUGGCCUUGGGCCGAGGAGGCGGCCGCCGCGCUGGCCAACCUCAGCCGCGAGCCAGCGCCGUGUGCCGCGGUGACAGCGAUGCUGGAGGCGGUCGAGCCGGGGGCUUCGGGCCUGGAGCAUCUGGUGAGUGCACUGUGCACCCCUGGCUACAACACCCACGCGCCCCUGCACUACCUGGGGCCGCUGCUCUCCAACCUCAGCCAGAGGCCCAUGGCGCGUGCCUUCCUGCUGGACCCAGACAGGUGCGUGAUCCAGUGGCUGCUGCCACUUACCCAGUACCCAGACUCCUCGGUGCGCAGGGGUGGGGUGGUGGGGACGCUACGGAACUGCUGCUUUGAGCACCAACACCACAAGUGGUUGCUGGGGCCUGAGGUGGACAUUCUCCCCUUCCUGCUGCUGCCCCUGGCUGGGCCUGAGGAUUUCUCUGAAGAAGAGAUGGACCGACUGCCUGUUGACCUACAGUACCUGCCCCCGGACAAGCAGCGGGAGCCAGAUGCUGACAUCCGCAAGAUGCUCAUCGAAGCUAUCAUGCUGUUAACAGCCACUGCCCCAGGCCGGCAGCAGGUGCGGGACCAGGGAACCUACCUGAUCCUUCGUGAACUGCACAGCUGGGAGCCAGAACCCGAUGUGCGCGCCGCUUGUGAGAAGCUUAUCCAGGUGCUGAUUGGGGAUGAGCCUGAGCGUGGCAUGGAGAACCUGCUGGAGGUGCAGGUGCCAGAGGACGUGGAGCAGCAGCUGCAGCAGCUGGACUGCCAGGAGCAGGAGCAGCUGCAGCGUGAACAGCUGGAACGCCAGCAGAGGGCGAUGGCCAUGGAGCCUCAGGGUGCAGGGGCUGCACCCACCUGAGGCCCCUGUGGCCUGGCAGCAGUUCAGGCCCUCCUGCCAGGCCUCCUGCACAGCUGGCUCUCUGGUCCCCUUCUCUGAACAGCAGGGCUACCCGUAGGUUCGUGAGGUGCCCAAGGUUUUAGGUACAUGCUCAACAAACGUUGGCAAGCCAGGGCCUCUCCCAGCAAGCCCUGCGACCCAGCUACCCCCCACAUGAGGUGGUGCUAGUGGGCGGGGCCCUGAGGAGCCUCCCAGGUGCAGCCAUGGGCGGAACAUCUCAGCUGUGAGCCUGUGUGUCUGGCCCGUGUGGACCUGCCUGGGCACAGAAGUAAAGGGACUGCUUCCUGCUGUCGGUCCUGCCCCCUGGAGCCCUCAGCUCACCCUGCCGAGGGCCUGGCCUCAAAGGCCAGCCCAGCAUGCCUAGACUCCGUCUUUUGAGGACUGGGCCCUGUCCCCAGUCCUGUUUCCUGGUCCCAGGUUGAACUCGUGCUCUUGGUGCCCCUGGUCAGCUUCCUUGAGCCUUGGCUGCUCUUCAAGAAAGCCAGACCCUCCUCUCCUGCUCCCAGGGCUGCCUGCCUCCCUCUGCGGUGCUGCCCAGAUGCCCUUGCAACCCGGCCCUGCCUAGCCACUCGCUGCCCCAUCGAGCCACUGUGCGCCCCAGAGCCUCUUCUGUCUCUCCUCUGGCUCUGUGCACUCCCCAGUGCCAUAGCUCCCAGUCCAUGCAGCAGGCUGUCCUGCCAGUCUCCCCAUUUUACCCCCUCCUGAGCCUCUUAUCAGCCCACUCGGCCGUCUUCUGCAGGAAUGUCCUGUGUGGUGGCCCUCAGACUUUUCUGAAGGAGCUCAGCUUGUUUUCCUGGGGGUUUCAGUGAGCUGGUGACCUGCCCCACCCUCUGCUUCCCACCGUGACCAACUGCUUUGUGGGUGCCAGGUGUCUCCCCACCUAUGGCCCUCUCAGUGCCCAUUAAAGUCCCCGCGCUUCAGGCAA